AUGAGUCCUAACCGACUGCCCGUUCUUUUCAAUCAUGCUUUCUUUCAUUGGCAAGUCUGUGCGGUUUUUCUAAUGGCGGCGAACUUCACCAUAGCACAAAUAUUGCAACUCCCAGACUGCGCAGUUCAAAGCGACCCUGACGGAGCUCCCACUUCAAGUUCAACCACUACUUACCUGGACUUCGCUGCCAACUCAGCAAAUAUUCAAACGGACCAAACGUAUUGCGUCAACUUUCUCCCAAAUUUCGAAUUUAUCCGGAACCUACUAUUUCAGGUUACCGGGAACAGCGUCACUGGAAGUAGGAAAGAACCGUUGUUGGCUGGUGAGAUACGCCUUACUGGUGGGACAGAAACGCAGCGCUGCUCACAGGGUGCUUGCGGUACAGUUUGCGGAUCAUACCAGAAAGACCGCUCCGCAGACUCCUACAGCAAUAGUGGAGACGUUAGACGGAGGAGGGAAGACGAUCACAGUUCUCUUCAACCACUAAACUACACACAAGGUUGUGAGCAAUCGGUUGUCAUUUCGUCAAAUUCGAGCGUCCUUGUUGAGAACGGUAUGGAAUCCGGUAAGCUGUCAAUGCAACCUUAUAUCUGA